AACCCGUCUCCGUUUGAUUGUGCGUCCAGGAGCCAUCUUGACGUGCCUGGGGUAUUUCUCUGGGGUCGUGCAAGUUCGCUGCGCGGGUUGACUUAUUUUUUUUUCUGCGGCGCUAGGACCCAGCGGGUAAAAGCUACCGCUCCACCGCCUACUCUCCGUAGAUUUUUUGACUUUCAAGGAUAUUCGGUUCUUGAUAGCCAGCAGGUUUCACUCUUGCGACUUUUCAGUAUCUGAAUUUCGGCAUCGCGAAUUGCCAAAAAGUUUCAAGAUGCGUCAACUCACCGAAGACGAGACAAGAACGCUGUUCACCAAGCUCGCCAACUAUACGGGGAAAAGUCUUUCGUCACUCGUUUCUGAUACAACCGACGACAAUGACCGCUAUGUUUUCCGUCUGCACGGCAGCAGAGUGUACUAUUUGCGCCUGAGUUUGGCCAACAUGGCCACUUCUAUCCCUAGAUCCUCGCUUCUGUCUCUCGGUACAUGCAUCGGCAAGUUCACCAAAUCGGGCAAGUUCAGGAUACAAUUGACGGCGUUGGAUGUCAUUGCUCCUCAUGCGCGGUACAAGGUGUGGAUCAAGCAGAACGGUGUCAUGCCAUUCCUGUAUGGCUCCAACGUGGCCAAGGCCCACGUUGGAAGAUUCAGCGAGGACUGCCCGGAAAAUGCGGGUGUGAUUGUUAUGGAUAUGAAUGACACUCCUUUGGGAUUCGGUGUGACUGCGCGGUCUAGUGCUGAGACACGGAGAAUGGAACCCACAGCCAACGUCGUGUUCCGUCAGGCAGAUAUUGGAGAGUACCUGAGAGAGGAGGAUACUCUUUUUACGACCUAAGCCAAAGGCCUUGCAUACGCGGGAUCGAAUAUGGGAAUUUCAUACUAGAUACCUGGGGAUUCUGGCAGGAGUUCUGGAGUCGUCUGUCUGUACAUUUAAAAAAGUGCUUUCCAUUCCACAUAUUCAUCAAUUAUCAAAUCUAUCUGGCCUCUGUCUCUCG